AUGAUUGACUAUAACCCUGGUCAUGCAAAUGUGGUAGCUGAUGCACUUAGCAAAAAAUCUCAAGGUCGUAUUAACGCUUUGUAUGCUUGUCAUGUUCCUCUUUUGGCAGACUUGAGAUCAACUGGAGUGAAGUUAAGGGUAAAAGAACGAGAAGAAGCCUUACUUGCUAAUUUCCAAGUUAGACCAAUUUUAAUUGAUAGUGUACUUGAAGCCCAGAUGGAUGAUGAGGAAAUCCAGGAGUUAAUUGAAGCCAGAAGUCAGGGGAAAAAGAAAGAUCUCAAAGUUCGAGAAACUGAUGACAUGCUUAUGCAGGAGAGUAAAAUGUACGUGCCAAAUAAUUUCGAAUUAAAGAAAACAAUUCUUGAUGAAGCGCAUAUUUUAGCUUAUGCAAUGCAUCCUGAGAAAUUAGAUGAACGAUCCUUUCACUACUUAAAGACUCUGCAACUAAUCUUUUUUUUUUUUUUUUCUUUUUUCCUGCUCUAUAUACUUCCAGAAUUUUAUUCAUCUGAUAAAGAACUGGAGCAAUCAAGAAACAUGCUCAUCAAAAUGUUACUCUCCCUUCUCAAUCUCCUCAGGAUCAUCAAGACACACUACUACUCGUUCAUGAUUACGUUACGUGGUGAUCAAUAUCACAAGCUUCCCGGAAUAAGUUAUUCUGAUCGUGUUUUGCUACAAGAACACAAUAAUUUAUUCCCGGAAGUAACCCCUUCGCCUUGGUUGGUGCCGUUACCGGUUCACUGUAUAGCUGAAUCCGUGAAGAACCAGCUCCCGGGGGUGCAAAAUAGAGGAGGCAAAACGCAGGAUUCGGAUUAUGGCUCGCACACCGAUACGUGUACUGUGUGCAUGGAUAAAGUGGAAGGAGGGCAAAGGGUGAGAGAGCUUUCCAAUUGUUCACAUGUAUUUCACAAAGAGUGCCUAGAUGCUUGGAUUGAUGAGGGUCAGUUUACCUGUCCUCUUUGUCGAUCCAAUCUAUUGCCAAAGAAUUGUACUACUCCAGAACCAAAAGGUCAUGAACGGGAGUUGGAUUCAUGGAGGGCGGAGAGGAUGAUUUACUUGUUUGGUGACGAUUACCAGUUCAUGUGGUAGCUGGCUUUGUUAGGAUGUAGUAGAUAUUCAGUGGUGAAGCAAGCAUGAGGUCAUUAAUUGGUUGUCCUUACGCCAAUAACUCUAAAAACUCCAUGUGUAUUUGUUUGUAUUAUUGUAUUUGACCCCUAUAAUUAACAAUUAAGGCAAACUAAAUUACAACCUCA